GUUGGUGAGAAAUUUAUUACUUUGCGCCUGUGUUUGCAAACUGCUGUUUGCCAUAAUCCAGGACAAAUCCCGUUAUCAGUCUCUGGGGCAUUAACACCAUUGCCUAUCCCUGAGAAGACCCCGUACAGGCGGGGGGAAUUUUCCCUUGACUGGGAUUUGAACGGGAACUGGGAAGAGGAAAUAAUUCGGGCAGAGGGUUGGAACUCGCGAUGGCUAAUUCGGGGUUUCAGCUGCUGGGGUAUUUCUUAGCGCUGGGAGGCUGGGUCGGGAUUAUUUCCACCACCGCGCUACCUCAGUGGAAACAGUCUUCCUACACGGGGGACGCGAUAAUCACCGCGGUGGGACUGUACGAGGGUCUGUGGAUGUCCUGCGCUUCCCAAAGCACCGGGCAAGUUCAAUGCAAAGUCUACGACUCCCUGUUGCUGUUGGAAGCUCACAUCCAGGCAUCCCGGGCCCUGAUGAUUGUUUCCGUUGUCUUCGGAUUUAUCGGCAUCAUUGUCAGUGUGGUCGGAAUGAAGUGCACAAAAGUAGGAGACAAUAACCCCCUCACCAAGAGCAGGAUUGCAAUCUCAGGAGGGGUCCUUUUUCUCAUGGCUGGACUCUGCACCCUGGUGGCAGUAUCUUGGUAUGCAACAAAUGUUUCAAAUGAGUUCUUUGACCCUUUAACACCAGUCAAUGCCAGGUACGAGUUUGGAUCGGCCCUGUUUGUAGGAUGGGCAUCGGCGAGCCUCACUAUCCUGGGAGGAUCCUUCCUCUGCUGCUCCUGUCCAAACGAAGAAAGAAGGAGCCAGUCGUACUACAGAUCAUCUCAACUAUCCACAGCCAAAGAGUCAAAUUUAAAGAAAACAACAUCUGUCAAGGGGGAGCAGUACUUGUAGCAAGUCAGUCCUGUGGGAUUUCAAAACAAUAUCAUAAAUCUUGCUGAUGUGAAGGAUUCAGUCAAUGGCAAAACAAAAAGUAAUUUUAAAGCUCUGUGCCUUUACUAAGAAGGUACUUGGAGCUUUAGGCAAUGUACAGGGCACUGGGUAGCCCAGUCUUUGUUCCUCUUGCUUAUAUACAGGUCUGGAAUUAGAACUCACAUACACUCUCUGGUUAUCUGUGCUUUAAGGAAACUGAAUUUUCAUGUAUACAUAAACCUGUUUAUUCACUCGUUGUACUGGAUUGAGGAAGGUAAGGUCCUUUAAUAAAAAACAAUGAAAUGUAUCUCAGUGUCA